GCCAUGUAAUCCCUUCCACCUCUUCCCUUCUCCCGUCUGCCCUGCACCCCUACUUUCUUCUGUCGACUAACUAGAUACCCCUUGCACCUAUGUCUUAUGGCUCCUCAAGACCUGGAAGAGACACAGCUGGAGACCGUGCUUGUGCAGGUCAGAUCUCAGGUGAUGAACAGUUGUCAUCCUGCAGCGCGCUGGAGCCAGGAGUAGUCAGGAGCCUGGAUCCAACUCCAUAAAGUUUUGCUCAGUGGCUCCUCCUGCCUUCCAAAGAACUGUGCGGGUCCUGCGGCGCCCUGACCCCACCCGCUGUCCGGCAGAAGCCCACCUUUGCCUUCCUUGCUGUCAGACAUAGAAGCGCGCCCCAACGUCUUCGGCCGCGAUCGCCAAGCUGCGGCGGGUUCCGGGCACCCUCCCCGCGUGCCUUGGGGCUGGCACUGUGAAUCCACGUGAUUUCUCGGCAGCGGCGGCGGGUUCCAUGAACAAGCGACCAGCGAACAGCGCUGGGCUGCCACUUUCAGUUUCGUGCAGAGCAGCGGUGGAGCAGGAGCCCAGUCGGCAGCUGCUUCAUAUGUGUGCUUCAUAAUUCACCUCCUGUUGAUGGACCCUGGUCUUCCCACCAGUCCUCAGAUGCAGUAGCAGGAGAUCAAUCGCCAUUCUUGUCAUUGUAUACUGGAAUUCUGACAACCUGGGUUCCAAUCCUUCCAAUUUGGGUCCAGCACUAUGGAAACAGGCUAUAAACUGAAGGUCAGAGGACAAGGCCCAGACACUCCAGGGACCCUCUAUAUGGGGACACAGGACCAUCUAUCAUGAUCCAAGAAGUCAGGGCCGGCUUCUGAUGGACUCCGAGAGCCUCCAACUGUGGGCCUGGCUUGUGAGUCUGCUGAGUAAAAACUCAGAAUGGCUGAGUGCCAAGGUUAGAUUCUACCUUCCUACCAUGGACCUGGACUGCAGCAACACGGCUCCCGAGACUGAGGUCAUUCAUCAUCGGCUCAGAAGGCUGUACACCCAGGGCCUGGCCACAUGGCAGUCUUUCAUCUACAGUCUGUGCAUGGAGCUUGAUGUGCCUCUCGAGCUGGAGGUACCACUGCUGAGCAUCUGGGGCCAAAAAGAUGAAUUCUCUAAGCAGAUAGGAGAUGGUGAGGACAGCCAUCCCGGACCUCUGCAGCACCAUGGCAUCAAGCGCCCUUCUCAGAGCUGUGGGUCCUCGCCUCGUCGGAAGCACUGCAGGAAACAGCAACUAGAGCUGGCUAAGAAGUAUCUGAAGCUCCUAAAGACCUCUGCCCGGCAGUACCAUGGUGGUGAAUGCCCGGGGGCAGGGCAUACUCAGGCCUCUCCGCAGGCCUACAUCCCCCCGAUUCUACAGUGGAGCCGGGCUACAGCACCCUUGGAUGCUCAGGAGGGAGCCACUAUAGGAGACCCUGAUGCAACAGACGACAUUGAUGUGAGCAUCCAGGAUCUCUUCAAUGUCAAGGCCCCCAAGGGACUUCGAGUGACAGUACUUCUGGGAAAGGCUGGGAUGGGCAAGACCACUCUGGCGCACCGACUCUGCUGGAGGUGGGCUGACGGUCAGCUGGACCACUUCCAGGCUCUCUUCCUUUUUGAGUUCCGCCGGCUCAACAUGGUCACACAUAUGCUGACGCUGCCCCAGCUCCUUUUUGAUCUGUAUCUGAGCCCCGAGUCAGACCCAGAUGCUGUCUUUCAAUACCUGGAGGAGAAUGCCCAUCAAGUCCUGCUGAUCUUUGAUGGGCUGGAUGAGGCACUCCGUGCCAGUUCCGAGGGCGCUGACAAUGCAGGCUCCGCCCUCAACCUCUUCUCUGACCUCUGCCGCGGGACCCUCCUGCCAGGCUGCUGGGUGAUGGCCACCUCUCGUCCUGGGAAACUGCCUGCCUGUGUGCCCACAGAGGCAGCCAUGGUGUACAUGUGGGGCUUUGAUGGGCUGCGGGUGGAGAAAUAUAUCAGCCACUUCUUCAGUGAUCUGCUGUCACAGGAGUUGGCCCUGGCAGAAAUGAGAACCAAUGACCGUCUCCGGGGAAUGUGUGGAGUUCCUGCACUAUGCCACGUUGCCUGCUUCUGCCUCGGCCAUCUGCUUCCCAGAAGUCCUCCAGGCCAGUCUACGGCCCUCCUGCCCACUGUAACCCAGCUGUACCUGCAGAUGGUGGAGACUUUUAGCCACAAUGGGACUCUGCCUGCCACAUCCUUGUUGGGCCUUGGAAAAGUGGCCUUUGUGGGACUGAACACUGGGAAGGUCAUCUUCUCCGUGGAAGACAUCCCUCCUCCCCUGAUGGCUUUUGGAGCUGUCCACAGCCUCCUGACCUCCUUCUGUAUUCGUACCAGCCCUGAGCAACAAGAAAUAGGCUAUGCCUUCACCCACCUCAGCCUGCAGGAGUUCUUUGCUGCUCUGCACCUGAUGGCCAGCGACACAAUAGACAAAGACACACUCACCUACUAUGUCACCCUCAAUUCCCACUGGGUACUGCGGACCAAAUCUAGACUGGGCCUUUCCGACCACCUCCCUACAUUCCUGGCAGGCCUGGCGUCCCAUACCUGCCAUGCUUUCCUUUGCCGCCUGGCUCAGCGGGAUGAAGCCUGGGUGGGCUCCAGGCAGGCUGCUGUUGUUCAGGUGCUGAGGAAGUUGGCUAACCGAAGGCUUACAGGGCCAAAGAUGAUAGAAUUGUACCACUGUGUGGCUGAGACCCAGGAGCCAGAGCUGGCGAGGUGCACUGCCCAAAGCCUCCCCUUCCGACUCUCCUUCCACAAUUUCCCACUGACCCAUGAAGACCUGGCUGUGCUGGCCAACGUUUUGGAGCACAGGGCUGCCCCCAUCCAUCUGGAUUUUGAUGGCUGCCCACUGGAGCCCCGCUGCCCAGAGGCUUUGAUAGGAUGUGGGCAGGUUGAGAAUCUCAGCUUUAAAAGCAGAAAGUGUGGGGAUGCCUUUGCAGAAGCCCUGGGCAGAAGCUUGCCUACUAUGGGGAGCCUGAAGAUGCUAGGGUUAACAGGAAGUAAGAUCACAGCCCGGGGCAUCAGCCACCUGGUACAGGCUUUGCCCCUCUGUUCCCAGCUGGAGGAGCUCAGUUUGCACGACAACCAGCUCAAGGACCCAGAGGUGCUGAGCCUUGUGGAACUGCUCCCUUGCCUGCCGAAGCUCCAGAAACUUGACUUGAGCAGAAACAACUUCUCCGUGUCAACUCUACUGUCCUCGGUGAAGGUGGCCAUCACGUGUCCUACUGUCAGAAAGCUGCAGGUCAGGGAAUCUGACUUCGUCUUCCUUCUGUCCCCAAUCACAGAAACGGCUGUGCAACAAUCAGAAGCACCAAACCUACAGGAUAAAGACAGCCCGAAGAAAGAAGGACAGAGCCGAAGCCUAGAACUCAGGCUUCGGAAAUGUCAGCUCAGGGUCCAUGAUGCAGAAGCCCUUGUGGAGCUAUUCCAGAAAGGCCCCCGGCUGGAGGAAGUAGAUCUUUCAGGAAACCGUCUGGAAGACGAAGGCUGUCGACUUGUGGCAGAGGCUGCUUCCCAGCUGCAAAUUGCCCAGAAACUGGACCUCAGUGACAACGGCCUCUCUAAGACGGGGGUGACCUAUGUGGUGAGAGCCGUGAGCACUUGUGGGACCCUGCAAGAGCUGCACAUCAGCCUGCAAAGCAACACUGUGGUACUCACAUUUGCCCAGGAGCCAAGGAAGCAGGAGAGGAGCCGCCGGAGUGCUGUACCACUCACCAGCUUUGCAUCUCCUGUGGCCUCUGAGACAUCCCAGAGCUCUCGAAGGAUCAGGCUGACACACUGUGGCUUCCUGGCCAAGCACACAGAGAGGCUCUGCGGGGCACUGAGAGCCAACUUCCAGCUCCACCACCUGGAUCAUCUCGACCUAUCGGACAACUCCCUGGGGGACAAAGGGGUGGCCCUGCUAGCCCAGCUGCUCCCAGGACUGGGUCCCCUACAGUCUUUGAACCUUAGCAGGAAUGGCGUGUCCCUGGAUGCUGUGUUUGGCUUGAUCGAAUGCAUGCCUUCCGUUCAGUGGGUGUUCCACCUAGAUGUCAGCCUUGAGAGUGACCACAUCCUCCUUCAAGGAGCUGGCACUGGCAGGGAUGCACCAGCUGGCAGAUGUGAACCAGAAUUCCCGGCUGGAGCCCCCUUACUGGCGUUCGGCCCUCACUACACCUCCAGGAGCUUCCGACUUCGGGGCUGUCAGCUGGAGCCCCUGAGCAUUACCUGCCUCUGUGCCACUCUGGAGAAAUGCCCAGGGCCUCUGGAAGUUCACCUGUCCUGCAAGACCCUGAGUGAUGAGAGCCUGAAGACCCUGCUACAGCACCUGCCCCAGCUGCCCCAGCUCCGCCUGCUGCAGCUGAGCCACACGGUCCUGUCUUCAAGAAGCCCCUUUCUGCUGGCCGAUGUCUUCAACCUGUGCCCAGGGGUUCAGAAGGUCAAUCUCAGGUCCCUAUGCCAUGCUGUCCUGCACUUUGGCUCCAAGGAGGAGCAAGAGGGUGUGUGCUUUGGGUUUCCAGGAUGCAGCCUCAGCGGGGAGCAUAUGGAACCACUGUGCGGUGUGCUGAGCGGGUGCAAAGCCCUCAGCCAGCUUGACCUCACAAACAACUUGCUGGAUGACAAUGGACUCAGGUGCCUUCUGGAAUGCCUGCCACGGCUGCCCAUCUGUGGGUGGCUUGACCUCAGUCACAACAGAAUCUCUCAGGAAGGGGUCCUGUGCCUGCUGGAGGCCCUGCCUUCCUGCCCUCGUGUCUGUGAGAUCUCUGUGAGUCUGGACUCUGAGCAGAACUUCCGGAUACGCUUGUCCAAGGAGGAAGAAGCGGGGACAAAACUGAGGAUGUGUGAGUGCAGCUUCGGCCCAGAACAUGUAUCCAGAAUGGCUUCCAGCCUGAGCCAGGCCCGACAGCUGACCGAGCUCACGCUGACCAGGUGCCACUUGGACCUGCCACAGCUGACGAACCUCCUGAAUCUGGUGACUCGGCCAGCAGGGUUGCUGGGCCUCAGGUUAGAAGAGCCCUGGGUGGGUCACAUCAGCUUACUGACUGUGAUGGACGUCUGUGCCCAGGCCUCAGGAUGUCUCACUGAGUUAAGCCUCUCUGAGACCCAGCGGCAGCUGUGGCUCCGGCUGGAAUUUCGGCACCAAGAAGACAGUUCCGAGUUCAUGGCAAGCAGGUUGGCUCACUGUGACCCAGGGGCUGACCACAGUCUUCCUAAGAGACAGUUGAAGGAGACGUGUGCCAGACUGCAACAGCUCAGCUUGUCUCAGGUUAACUUCAAAGACGACGAUGACGCCAGGUCUGGGCUGCUGCAGAACCUCCUGCUGUCUAGCAGUGAGCUCAAGAGCUUCCGGAUGACCUCCAGCUGUGUAAGCACAGAGAGCCUCACCCACCUGGCAUCUGGUCUGAGACACUGCCACCAUCUGGAAGAGCUGGAUUUCUCCAACAACCAUCUCUAUGAGGAGAACAUAGAGCCACUGAUGGCAGCCCUUCAGGGGACCUGCAAGCUAAAGAGGCUGCACCUCAGUCACUCUCCGCUGGAAGCCUCCUCUCUGGCCUUGCUCAUUCAAGGACUAAGCCACAUGACCCUUCUGCAGCACCUUUGCUUAAGGCACAACCAGAUUGGAGACGCGGGUUCCCAGAACUUAGCUGCCAUCUUGCCAGGUCUUCCAGGGCUCAGGAAGUUAGAUCUCUCAGGGAACAGCAUUGGCCCAGCGGGGGGAGAGCCACUGGCCAAGUCUCUCAUCCACUGCAAGUGCUUAGAGGAGAUCAUACUGGGCAACAACGCUCUGGGGGAUCCCACAGUCCUGGGGCUGGCUCAGAGAUUGCCCCCACAACUGAGGGUUCUACGUCUGCCAUCCAGCCAUCUGGGUCCAGAGGGGGCCCUGUGCCUGGCCCGGGCCCUGGAGCGAUGCCCACGCUUAGAAGAGUUCAGCUUGGCAGAGAAUAACCUGGCUGGAAGUGUCCCACAUUUCUGCAAGAGUCUCCCACUGCUCAGGCAAAUUGACCUGAUUUCCUGCAAAAUUGAUGACCAAGCUGCCAAGCACCUUGCCACCAGCCUCAUGCUCUGCCCAGCCCUGGAAGAAAUCUUGCUGUCGUGGAACCUCCUUGGUGACGAGGUGGCUGCCGAGUUGGCCCAGGUCCUGCCGCAGAUGGGGCAGCUGAAGAGAGUGGACUUGGAGAAGAACCGGAUCACAGCAUGUGGAGCCCAACUCCUGGCUCAAGGGCUGGUCCAGGGCUCCUGCGUUCCAGUCAUUCGCCUCUGGAACAACCCCAUUCCUGCCCAUGUGGCCCAGAGUCUGCAGCGCCAGGAUCCCAGGUUGGACUUUGCCUUCUUUGACCAGCAGCCCCAGACUCUUUGAGGAACGUGAUGGACCUCUCAAGACUGUUGGGUCCAUCCCAGUGACAACCACAUCAUCUCCCAGGAAGGGGGUCUCAGGAGAAGAGCCUCAGUUGGUGCUCAGCUCAGCAUCCUAUGAAAAUCCCAGGAGGCAAGAGUGCGUUUGUCUUGUCACAAUCCUUAGGGAGAACUUUCUUGGGAACUGAGAACUUUGUUUGACCAAAAGAAGAUCAUACAUCAUAUGUGACAUGUGUUACCAGUGGGACGCUGGCACAAUGAGAGUACCGUGAUGUCAUAUAUGAUGGGGAAGGCUAUGUAUGGUGCAUCAUGACCUCAACAUGGGAAGGUCAUACUCAUGAUAGAAUAGGCCAUAUAUAGUAUUACAUGGAACUUACAGUGUGGCACCUGGCCAGUGGCUCUUAGCACUGUAAAUGGCAGUACACAGGAUCAGGAAUCCACCUAUGACAUGCUGUCUAUAUCACAUAACACUCAGCUUGCCAUAGGCAAGGGACCAUGGGCAAGUCCAAGACCUAAUUUAUUACUAUUUAAAAACAUGAAGCUAGGCUAAUAGCAUAGGCCUGGUAGCUUUUCAGGAAUCUGAGGCAGAGGGAUUGCAAGUUCAAGGUCAAAAGGGGCUGGGGAUACAGCUCAGUGGUAGCGUGCUUGCCCAGCAUGUGUGAAACCCUCGGUUGAAUGCUUAGGAACGUUUGUUUGUUUGUUUUUUGACACAGGGUUUCUCUGUGGCUUUGGAGGCUGUCCUGGAACUAGCUUUUGUAGACCAGGCUGGUCUUGAACUCACAGAGAUCUGCCUGCCACUGCCUCCCGAGAGCUGGGAUUAAAGGUGUAUGCCACCACUGGCUGGCUCAGUAUCAUUUUUUAGAAAGUAUUUAUAAGUGAUAUCUGGAGCAGCUAUGCCAGGGCAUCUUUCUGCCCUGGGUUGGGAGGGAAAAGCACUGACUGACUCAGUAGCCUAAUAGUCAGGGCUCUGGGACUCAGCAUGAAGUUCCCUCCUGCCAAAGCCUCAGUUAUCCCUUCUGCUAAUUGGGUAGCCCUCCCUUUGGAGGACUUUCAGUCCAGGCUUAGGAGCUAGUUUAAUCUUGGGACAGUUCAGGCUCAGCUCUUCUUUCCCGGUAUAAGGUCAAAGCCAAGUCCUUAGGAUAGGUACUUCCAGAACAUUAGGUAAAGCCUCUGGGCCCACCCACUACCUCAGCAGGAUUCUGAAACCCCUUGACACUCCAUGGUUUUUGUUUUGUUUUUUGGUGUGUGUGUGUGUGUGUGUGUGUGUGUGUGUGUGUGUGUGUAUGUGUGACUUCCAAGAGGGUAAGGAUAGCCUCACUACACUUCAAAUGAUCAAUAAAUGUAGACAGUCCUCCUA